AUGUUCGUGUGCAGCUCGACUCCAAGUGUGCUGUCCAACUUAUCCAACAGCCGCAUACAGGUGACCAUCACUGUGGUUCCAUCCUCGACCGCUUCAAGGAACUUAUGUCGAGACCCUGGGAGGUUACUAUUGAGCAUAUCUAUCGAGAGGGCAAUUGUUGUGCUGAUUAUCUUGCUAGUAGCGGCCAUGUUCUCCCCUUUGGUUUACAUGAGGUAG